CGCCCGCCCCCCCCCCCAAGUCUACAACCAAGUCAAAUUAGAUAUCACGACGGUGAAAAGAUAAAGAAUGGGCCCCAAGAGAAACCCGUAGGUCUUGAGCCAGAUUCAAGGACGUCAUGAGUCGAGACACUUCAGGUGCUCCGAGGUAAGGAAAACACAAGUUAAGUUGCCUGUUAGGACUAUUGUUCUCUUGUGGGAUGAUAAGUGGCUAGGUUUUAAUGUGAAAAUAAGAAGAUAAGAUCAGAUGAACUCGGAUGUUGUUUUAAAACUAUUCUGAAACUGACUUUGGAAAUUAGAUCUAUAUUUUCUUUACGAAAGUGUGUCUUCAAACGUCAAAUGUCAUCUAAGAUAAUUGUAUGUCAAGAACCGUGCCACACGCCUGGCUUUUAAUGAAAAAAAAAGUAAUAUACCUAAAUACUGCCAAUUAAAAUCUAUCAAAAUCAACAAAUUCUAGAUGGUUUUUACUCGUACGCCCAGACAAGUACAAACCAAUUCUCAGCGACUUACAAUUGGAAUAAUAUAAAUCUAGUUGCAAAUAUUAUUUUUUGUGGUGUUGGUUGUUGGUUUGUUUCGGUAUACUCAAAGCUCAACCAACUCAUUUGGACAUAUGUCCCCGGGGCGCCAGACUCGUUUGGGGCGCUAAAUGGGACGUGAUGGAAUUUUAUUGAUGGAAAAAAAAGUGAACGUAAAACACUAAUCUUUUCCCCGGGCGCCCAACACUUUAGAUACGCCCCUGGGGAUAGCGAUGGUACAUAACAGGAGAGCACCUGUCAAUAGGGGUUUGUAGGACAGACUGAAGAUGUUUGACCGUUGUAGAGCGCCACCUACACUGUCCUCCACCGACGAAUAGGAUAUCCAGUCACAAAAAAUUGCCGAAGAAACUCAUCAAUUUCAUUUAGUACCAAAACAUUUUAUGAGCUCUCUGACUGUGAAGCUGUUCUAAAUAUGGGGCUGUACAUAUUCAAGCAGAUGCUCAGAAUACUCAAUGUGCAAUAAAUGUAUUUAUAAAUCUAUCUGUUUGUUUCCUUAAUAAUCUCGGCAUUGCAAGGUUGUGUAUGUUUAAAUGUACGACAUCUGUUCGCUCAGAUGCGAAUGUAUAGAUUGUUACACAACAAAACCUAUUUCAAACAGCCAAUCAAAUUCAUUUGAUUUAAGAACUGAACAAUUGUUUCAUUAGCAGUUCACUAAUUAAUGCACUGCAGAGAGUUUUUUGUUGUUGUUUUGUUUAGAAAAUGAAUAAAGUCACGGAUCUCAAAGUAUCUUACAAAAAGUUUGUCUGGAACACAACUCACGGUGAAUGACACAACGCUUUGGUCUUGAGAGUUUAUCUUACAACGUUUUGAUCUUGAGAGUUUAUCAUACAACGCUUUGGUCUUGAGAGUUUUUCAUACAACGCUUUGCUCUUGAGAGUUUUUCAUACAACGCUUUGGUCUUGAGAGUUUGUCGUAGACAAAGUUAGACAAAAUGGGACAGUUGUAAGAAGCCACAGUCCUAGCUUGUUUCGUUUUACUGUGAACAACAUACAUUAUACUAAUAUCUCAAAGAGAUCCGCUAUAGGUUUGGUGUGGCGGGGUAGAUGGCGUGAAUAGUAAAUUUUCUGUUAUCUCUUCCCCCAGUGACACCAAACCAGACAGGUCGAGUCCAGUCGUGGCUGAUGGGGGUGAGGGGGACUACACCAUGAGGUCCUCCGUUGUCCACCCAACUUUAACGGCAGAAGUGGCAGAUGUGGAGCUCACUGGCAGCACCAGGGGUCGGACCCCCGACGACGCUGAUGGCUUUGACCCACUCACAGCCGAGUCGGUAGGUGAAUCGUAACCCGGGUACUGAUUGGUUUGGACUGUCUUUAUUCCGUAUGCGUAAUAAUAGUCUUUUUUGUUUGUUUUUGUUUUAAAAUCUUUGAAAAUCUUUAAAUCAAGACUAUUUAUGUGUAGACAAAGGAAAAGUGUAUUUUUAAAAGAUCUUACACACUAUUACUUUAAGAGACAGAAAUCCCACCAAUCGUCUGUCAAACACUUUCUAAAAUGGAUGUAAACAUGAGUGGUGAGAUUAAAAUAAUCUUAUCGAUUCGCUGCUCUAAUGGCCGUUUUAACUAUUACAAAAAAAAAAAAAAAAAAAAAUUUACCUAAAAGAUGUUUAUCAUUUCAUACAAAAAAAACAAAUAAAAAAAAAUAACAACAAAAGACAACAUAAAAACUUUCUAAAAUGGAUGUAAACAUGAUUGGGGAGAUUAAAAUAAUCUUAUCGAUUCGCUGCUCUAAUGGCCGUUUUAACUAUUACAAAAAAAAAAAAAAAAAAGAUUUACCUGAAAGUUGUUUAUCAUUUCAUACAGGUAAUACUUAUAAAAUAAAAUAGCUACACAAGACUACAUUAUGUUAUAAGGAACAGUUUAAAAUUAUCAAUGUAAAUGCAUUAAAUAAUAUAUACUUUAAAGAAUAAUAAAAUAAAACUGUUCUUUAAGACAUGUCCAUUAUUACACAACUGGUUCACUGAACCCAACUAAAAAUUACGUAACAAUCAGGCUGAACCGGUGCGAACCGGCUGAAUCUUACCACUGGAUAAAACUAUAUAUAGGUCGGAGAAAUAUGAAGUGACCCAGUUCAACUUGUGAUCUCCUGCACUAGUUCUGACAAAAGUGCUUUACGAGUUUACAAAGUCUCUGUUGGCACAAGAUGUAUCUUCUUAUCUUGUAGCGAAUAAUUUAUUUGCAAUCGAUUAAAACUAUCAAGCUCUCCACCGUAUAUAGGAGCACUUCUAUUGGUUGCUCUGAUUGGGUAACUUUAAUAUGGUGCCCCUGAAAUAUACUAUUAAAGUACAAAUCGCAUAUCAGCAAGGCCGUGCUAAGGGGGGGGGGUGCGAAGGGAACAAUUUCAUGGGACGCCUCCUUUAGAGGGCGCCAAAAUCGUCCUUUUUCGUACAAAUUAUGUGUAUUAAUGUAUACUUUUUUUGGGAAGAGGGUGCCUAAAUUUUGAUUGGGUAACGUUAAUAUGGUGCCCCUGAAAUAUACUAUUAAAGUACAAAUCGCAUAUCAGCAAGGCCGGGGUAAGGGGGGGGGGGUGCGAAGGGAACAAUUUCAUGGGACGCCUCCUUUAGAGGGCGCCAAAAUCGUCCUUUUUCGUACAAAUUAUGUGUAUUAAUGUAUACUUUUUUUGGGAAGAGGGUGCCUAAAUUCAGAAUUUUUCCUGGGCACAGCCUUGGCUUGGCACGCCCCAUCAUGUAAGCUAGACUUUGAUUACCUACAAUUUCAUUGUAGUCUUUAGUAAGAAGAUUAAAAUUGUCAAGCUAACGCAGGGGUCGAGUUCAUAGACAUGGGGAGACUUACAAUAAAUAUACAAGAUCAAGUCAAUGCGAUUAGAUGACUGUCCAAUGACUUCAAUGCGAUUAGAUGACUGUCCAAUGACUUCAAUGCGAUUAGAUGACUGUCCAAUGACUUCAAUGCGAUUAGAUGACUGUCCAAUGACUUCUCUUUUAUGAAAAGUACAGGACGCAGCGUACUGAACGAAAUCUCUGUGAAAACGCUCAACAUAUUUGGGACGGCCCACUCGGGCAUUUUCUUUUACGGGAGUUUUUGGUUUGAUCCUUGUAUCGACUUCGAAUUUACUCUGGGAAUGGGAGAUACAUCAAUUCAUGUGAUCAUGACGUUAACAGGUGACUGAAAAAUUAAAUAUUUUACAAUCAUACCAAGGAUACAUUUUCACCGUAAAUGAUAAGAGCAUCUCUCAAAAGAUUGCGUUGUUCAAAUGGCAACGACUUUUGGUUGUUUUGUUUUUUUAAAGUGGAGUGGGUAAAAAGAUGGUAGUUGUUGCAACGGCAUAUUCUACAAUUUUAGGAAGACGGAUCCUGAAAAUACAAUCUGGAAAAUUCUACAAUUUCAUGAUUUUUAUAUUUUGAGCUAGAGGGGAAAAAAAAGGAAAAUUUUCUUUCCUUUUUAGUGUUUUGUCUUUAAAUUUUAAAAGAUAGCCUGUAAUCCCAAAGUUGUUCCGAGUUCUAUUUAAAUACCGCUGCACGACGUGAGCAAGACAAAAAUUCGUGUAAUACAUCCAUUAAAUUUUUUUUUAUUUACUUUAGUGAUGAAAAAGUUGUUGCCCAAGUACUUGUCAAAGUGACAUAAAAAUGGAAAUGGAAAAAUAAGCGACGAAUUUCUGUUAAUUAGACAUUUAACAAAAAAUUAACUGGACAAUUGAAAAGCAAAAUAAGAGUCAAAUUUAAAUGUCAAUCAAAUACCAUACGAUAUGGCACGUUAAAUAUUUAAAGAUCACUACUAUUCCAGUUUGCUCCCUUGCUGUCCACCAAUCAGUACUUGGUUCGUAAGAUGGCGUCACAGGCGCUCAUGGAUGUUGCUCUAAUGAUGGCCAACAUUUCACAACUGCGGACAUUGGUCUACGGAGGUAAGAGCCUGCAAAUACACAACUAAUCCUUGAAACAUGAGACAACGCAUUGAUGGUGUAACUGAUUAGAAACUAGCAUUUGUAGCAUGAGACAACGCAUUGAUGGUGUAACUGACAGAAACUAGCAUUUGUAACAUGAGACAACGCAUUGAUGUGUAACUGAUAGAAACUAGCAUUUGUAGCAUUAGACAACGCAUUGAUGUGUAACUGAUAGAAACUAGCAUUUGUAACAUGAGACAACGCAUUGAUGGUGUAGCUGAUAGAAACUAGAACUGUCUAGCAAAUGUCUAGCGUAGUCUAGCAAUUUUCUAGCAUAUGUCUAGGACAUUCACGUGGCAAAAAUACAUUAAACUAUAUUAAAAUAUUACCUCCGCCAAAAGCUAACAGGACAAUAGAGAUAUGUAGAAUCAAAUCUCUCAUUAAAAAUAAAAGCCCAUGACCUCCCUCCUUUAUUCCAGGCCCCGAGGGCAUGGAAUACUACUAUGUGCUACUCACCUUGGUCGGCUUCUCGCUGGGGGCACAGAUCAUAUUUGCUGUUCUCAUUUUUGUCAUCUGGGUGAGGGAGAGCGACCAGCACCAGAGACAGGAGUACUACCGAGUAAGAAACGCUGAAUGCUUUGAAACACCGAAACACAAUGUCAACUACAACAAAAUAAUAUGACAAUGACUUAACGCCUUUUUUUAUUUUUUACAAACACGUCUCAUUAAUGCUGACGAUCAACAUUAAUUUAAUGAGUUAAAUUUCUUUAUUUAAAAAUCAAGAUUUAGAGUACAAAUAAUUUCUAUACGAGUUUGACUAAUUUGUAACAGUGGAUCAGGACCCGUCUUCCCUUCAGUUUUGUUGACUCUCUGACAUUUUGUUGUUUGUUUUGUUUUGCGCGCCCCCCCCACCCACCCUCUUUAUUCAAAGUUGAUAGAUUAAAAAAUGUUUCCACAUCAGAAGUUUGGACGCCAACGUAUCCGUGGCCCACUCAACAGACAUGGGCGUAUCCAUCCUGUUCCCAGUGUUAUUUCCACUUUCCUGAGUACACAGUCCAAAAAUAAUUUAUAUGUUUAAAAUAAAAAUGUUGAGAAUUCUGAAAUACCUAUAAACAUAUUUCAUGUCUGAAAUUGCUGAUGAAAUCCCUUGACAAGCUGGGAAAAUCAGAAUUUUUUUUUCAAGAUCUAACAAUAUAAGUUAUCAGUUCACAAUAUAACAAUAUAAGUUACCAGUUCACUAUAUAGCAAUAUAUGUUAUCAGUCCACAUUAUAACAAUAUCAUUGACCACAAUUUUUUUCCCCUUUCAGUUGGCUGAGAGCAAGGCGGCCAACAAUCCUGACGAGCGAGCUCGGCUGUCCACUCUGAACAGAGACGAGGAGUUCAGGACCCAGAGACUGACCAACCACUUAAACUAUAUAACGAUGGUUCUCGUGUUUAUAAUAACGGUGGUCAACAUGUUCAUCACGGGAUUCGGUAUAAAGCUGGAGCCGUCCAUAAAGAAACCUUCCGUCUCAUGACCCACUCAUGACCCACUAAUGACCCACUUCAUGACCACAGAUAUAAUUUUUUUGGAUCAACUCUGUCUGACGCACAUAGAUGACCAACAUGCGAUUCAUCGCCACAUCAUUAUGACUGCCAUCGAAUCAUCCGGAACCACUGGCCAUUUUUGACCAUGCGCGUAUGUCCUGUAGUGCUGAGGUUGUAAGACGUUGUGUUGCACUGUCUCAUUAGGAUGAUUGCAGAGGUAGCAAGUUGGUGCACUGUCUCAUUAGGAUGAUUGCAGAGGUAGCAAGUUCGUCUUCUAUCUCAUUAGGAUGAUUGCAGAGGUAGCAAGUUCGUCUUCUAUCUCAUUAGGAUGAUUGCAGAGGUAGCAAGUUCGUCUUCUGUCUCAUUAGAUGAUUGCAGUUGGUGCCCUGUCUCAUUUUAUAAGGCUCUGGUCAUGGUAUGGGUUUAGUUCAGGACCUGGCUGUGUACAGGAAAAAUGACAAUUUAUUAGGCCACAGUGUACUCUCCUUUGUUCAUAGGUGUAUCUCCUACGAUUCUAAGUGUGAGACUCCAGCUUCGGAUGAAAUUCCAGCUCUGCCGACUCCAAGUGUGAGACUGCAACUCCCGAUGAAAUUCCAGCUCUGCCGACUCCAAGUGUGAGACUCCAACUCCCGAUGAAAUUUCAGCUCUGCGGCAUGUGGCUUUAAAAUGUAGUUUCUAGAGGAAUUAUCGAAUUUUCAUGCACAGAAAUAUCAAACAAUUAAGUUUUUUUUUUUAAAACUCUGCCACGCGAUGUCUAACGAGUUGGUUCAAAGCUCCUUAAAGUGCACCCUCUCAUAGGGUGUUUUUUUUAAAACACUGUCGAGUCUUGUCACAGACAAACUAGCAAACACCACUGAAACUAAAAUCAGCCUCGGUCCAAUGAACAUCCAUUUUAGAAAUGCUGCGUCUGGAUUUGGUGAAACAAUAGUUCCGUACCAAUCUGAGAAGAUGGCAUCCUGAACGCGAUCUCAGAUCUUGAGCUCUUCGAUGUUGGAGAGAGAUUCAUUAAGCUAUAGCUUGAAGACAGGGUUGGCUCAAGUUACAGGGCUAUUCGGGCAGUUGCCCGGGGCGCCUUGUGCUUAGGGUGCCAUCAACGAUCUUCCAAAAAUAGGCAAAUAACAUUGCAUGUGGGCGGCAUGGAAGAAAAAUAGAAGAAAGUACAAUAAAAAGUUUCACUGAUCUAAAGGCUAGAAAUAAAUGUCAUUGGUAUGCCAAAUGUUCAUAGUGCUCACAAUAGGAAUUUAGGAAAAUUGUUCAUUCUGGCCAAAUACAAGUUAGGAAAAACAACGUCAUUGUUCAUUUUUGUUUUUAAAAAACCCCCAGGUAAUAACCCCAGGCCCCUAGUUUUUUCUUGCAAAAGAUUGUAUGAUUAUGCUCAAAGGGGACGCCAAAGUUAACCGUAGGGCCGGCCCUGCUUCAAGAGUACGGCCCUGCUUCAAGAGUACGGCCCUGCUUCAAGAGUAAGGCCCUGCUUCAAGGGUACGAUUCUAAAACAUGCCCGUUUGACCCAAACUCUCCUAUUGCAUGUUACGUGUUUAACCACACAAAAAGUGACCUUGACCUUACCGUGUGAUCAUUUCUGCAAAACUGUGUUAAAGUUAUUGAAUUUUGUUAAAUAAUUCUAAGUAGCUGGGAAUCGUUUGAUAAGGUUCGUCAUCUUAUGAAGAAAAUAGUCUGCACUACUCGCAGGUCUCGUGGCUAAAACAUUGUAAAGGGAAACAACUGAUAAAUUUUCAUGCACUUUCCUUUUCAAAUUAUAUAAAAAAAGGGUAAAUAAAUAACGGGCCUUUAACUUAACCCUUUAGGUAAGGGUUUGUAUAUAUAUAUUUAUAAAUGGAAUGAGCCGAAAUAAUGGGUGGGAGCUAUAAAAUGCGUUAUUCAAAAUAAAUGUGAAGACCACAUAUUAAGUAAGUUUACUUAAGUGAUUAAAAAAAACCACACACUUUGUAAUAGUCUUGUGUCUAUUCUAAAGUUGUAAAUGCACUGCGAAAACAUUUAUGUUAUUUAGCAUGAAAAUAAUGUAUGCACUCUUAACACAUUAAAAUACAAUCUGGUGUGCAUAUCCAACAUGUAUGUUCGUAUAUAGAAUAAAAAGCUUGUGUGUGAGACACCUUAGAGUUCAACUAUUUGAUGGCUUUCACGAAAGAUCAUUUCAUUGUAUUCAGAAACAACACUGACACUCAUAUUUACUUUUUACAAAUGUUGUCAAGUCACCUGAUUGGUUCUCUUAAUAAAUGUAUGCUUCUCC